AUGUUGAUCCCGAAAUCGCAUCGACGUGCAAUCUACGAAUACUUGUUCAACGAGGGUGUGACCGUGGCAAAGAAGGACCCCAAUGCAAAGACCCAUCCAAACAUUGAAGGAGUCACGAAUUUGGAAGUUAUGAUGGCGAUGAAGAGCUUGGCCUCGCGGGAGCUUGUGAAACAACAAUUCGCCUGGAGACACUACUAUUGGUACUUGACAAAUGAGGGAAUCACCUAUUUACGCGAGUACCUCAACCUUCCCGAAGGAGUCGUUCCAGCCACAAUCAAGAGCAAACCAAGAGAGAACCGAUUGCCACUUGGAGAUCGCCCAUCUCGAUCUGGACCAAAGACUGAGGGUGAUCGCGAUGCUUAUCGAACAGCCGAGAAACAAACGGAUGCCGGACCUGGAGCUGCCCCCGUUUAUCGUGCUGGUUUCGGACGUGGUGCACCUGCCCCUCAA